CAGAAAUAAUGAGGAAAACACAACAAAUAUGUAUUUCAUACACCUAACUGAUGGCUGCUGGGGUUUUCUAGCCUAUUAUAUUGUCUGGCAGUGGCCUAACAUUCAGUAGCAAUUGGUUAGGCGACGUCUUCGAAUAGUAAAGCAGAACAGAACUUAAACAACGCAUGAGACCAUAAUGAAGCCGUCUAUGGUGCCAAGACGUGAAGUGUCGGGAGCCUCGACCAUUGGUCGCGAUGAAUCCCGCAAACCUCUGCUAAAAGCUUACAUGUUCCAGCGUCGUGUAUUAUUCUGCUGCAGUUGUUUAAUGGUUCUGUCACUGCUCACAUGGAUUAUUGCCAUUGCCACAGAUCAUUGGAUUAUCAUAUCGGGAGCUGGUGGCAUUUUUAUACCCGAGACAAGACGUUUCUUUAUGUCCUCUCAUUCCGGUUUAUGGAGAUUUUGUCGGAAUACAGUUAUACCCUCACCCCUUAAAGAUGCCGAUGUUGUGCGAAACUUUACCUCAUUCGCCAUCCAAAAUCCCACAACACUGCGUGAAGCCCAAAGGAAUUGUUCACGUUUGGACUUUAUUAAGGAUUUUAGUAAAUCAGAGGUGCAUAUGCCAUUGGAGAAUUUUACAGAAGAGGCGCGACAGCGUAUGUUUGCCCAUUGGGUUCUGGAUGAUCGUGCCUCUUUUAAUAAAUUCAAAGAUGAAUUUUAUCGUUUGGUGUUAUCGACUAAAGAAGCCAGGGACGAGCUGAUAGCCAUAGAUGCCAAGCCUCGAAUAAUUGAUCCUGUCGAUGUAAAGGGUAUCAUAAGUAAGAAUAUAUUCGGUAAAGCUCUGCAAACGGUUGUGGUGAAUUCAACAAAUUAUUAUUUUGUCAUACCGGAGACGGCACAAAUGGCAAUGUUUAAGGGUUGGAACGAACGGGCCUAUGUUCCGCGUUUGUUCUGGCCAUAUGCCAAAGAACUGGGACUUCCCGCCUAUGUGUUGGACGAAGAACGGGUUAUAUUACAGUUGGUGCCACCAAAGCCACCUAAAAAUAACAAACCAACAAAAUAUUAUAAAUAUGAGGCGAACAGUCGUUGUAAAUAUAUUGAUAUGUUCCCCAGUGCUGGAGAGCGCAUGGAUCCAGGAUUUGAUUGGACUUUGAUGGAUUACAUUCGCUCUCAAGCUUCAUUUGCCUGCAUUACCGUAUUCGUGAUGAUAUUGGGUUCCGUAUUUUCGUUCUAUACCUUCCAAAAUCCCCGUUAUAUGUUUAAACGUCUGGCUGGUGGUAUAGAUUUGGUGGCAGCAUCCACAGCGAUGGUGGUUUUGCAAGUUUUAUUUGCCUCCGUGGAUUAUACAAAGGAACAUUUGUUCUACAGCUAUCCCGAUGGAGCUGAAUUGACUUAUGGUUACGGCGUGUUCUUUGCCUGGUUUACAUUUGGCGUCAAUCUGGUAUCCGGCUUCUUAUUCAUUUGGUAUUCCGGCAAAAAGAAAGGUUCGAAAGCACCAACCGAUGAAAUUGCAGCAGCAGAUGAAAUGACAAUUAUGGGCAGAUAAUUACCCACAAUCCACAGGGGAUACAUUUCACCAUCACCUCGCCAAAUAUACUCGCUCACGUACGCACACACAAACAAACCCACACUCUGUAUGCAUGGCUGUUUAGCAUUUUACGGUUUACAUCUUAGCUUUCAUUAUAACUAUUGAUUUUUUUUUAUUAAAUACUUAAUAGAUUUAAGUCCAUGACAAUAACCUUUUAUUAUUAUUUCGAACCAGUUUUUAUGAUUCAUUAUCCUAGUGUUCAUGUAUCCAGGAAAAAGAAAACGAUAGAGGAUUUAUUGAGUUGUGCAUUUUUUAUAUUCAAAAUGCCAUUUGGUUUUCUUCAUAAGACAACAACAACAAUACUAUUUUAUACAAUAUAUAAGCGUGUUAAAACACGAAGCAAAAUCUUCAUUUUGUUUGUAAAGUUAGACAGAAAACUUAUUUAUCUUAAGUAAAUAUUUCUUUUUUGGAUUUCUUUGUUAUAAAAAAGUAUAAAAAUAAUAAAA